CUCUGAGCCAUGGUCACCACUCCCGCGAGCAGCACACGAAGGUGACUGCCCGGGACCCUCCUCAGCCACCGUAAGUCAAUGGCAGCCGUGGGACUACACAUCCCAGCAGGCCUUGCGGUUCCAGCCCUCCGCGUUGGCGCAUGGCCUGCUGGGAUAUAUAGUCCACACCGGACCGGGCCCUAGCGAAGCCCUCACAGUAGAACUACAUUUCCCAUCACGCCCAGCGCCCGGCCCGGCGGCCUUGGCGUCUCCGAUUGCGGCCGCGUGAGCUCGCAGCCGCCGCGAUGCCGAAAGCCAAAGGGAAAAACCGGCGCCAAAAGUUCGGCUACAGCGUCAACCGCAAACGGCUGAACCGGCAGAGCCGCAAGCGGGCGGCGCCCCGUAUCGAAUGCUCCCACAUCAGACAUGCGUGGGACAGAACCAAAUCCGUGUCUCGGAACCUGGCUGAAAUGGGGCUGGCUGCAGACCCCAACAAGGCGAUUCCCAUUCGGAAAAGGCAGCUACAGGUGAUGGAAAUGGAGGUUGAUGGCCAAGACAAAGGGAAGAGAGUUGUGCAGAAGCCUUACGUCCUGGACGAGCUGGAGUAUGAGGCCAGCCUCCCGGAGAAGAAGUCAGAGACGCUCUCCAGAGACCUUAUCGACUAUGUGCAGUACAUGAUACGGAACCAUGGCGAGAACUACAAGGACAUGGCUCGUGAUGAGAAGAACUACUACCAGGACACGCCCAAGCAGAUCAAGAGGAAGAUCAGUGUGUACAAGCGUUUCUACCCUGAAGAGUUCCAGGCUUUCACUGCAUCCCUGCAGCAGGUCAAGAUGGACCAACAGUAACUGCCCCCACCCUGCCUGUUGGACUCGCCUGCAGCGGCAGGUCUUGUGCUGCCACUCCCCAGGCAAACAAGGGAAGAUUGACUCUGACUGCUGGCGCCAUUUCACCAUGCGCAGGGUGGGGCCCGCUGAACUAGAUGUAGCUUUUGGUGGGCAGGGAAGGAUCUGCCCUCCGUGGGGAGACGGUGGGACUGAGCGUGCGCUAGAAUGGGCUCCUUCGUGUGGCUCUGCAGGCCCUAAGGCUGCUGGGGAGAUGGUCACUGCCUCACCAUAGUGGGGGCGAAGGGAAGAGACCAACUCUUGUGUCCUGCAGCUCUUAGUUAUAAUAAAUCAGACUCUUCCAAACCAGCAUGAAUACACCUGAGUGCAGCUUGCUCAAGGGCUGCACUUUGCAGAGCUGGAGUGGCCCUGGCACUGACCCAAGGAAGUCUUCAUUCUGGGAACUGCUCUGGCUUUCCACGGGUGGUGCAAGUCACCUGGCUGGGAGGUGCUGUGGCCCCCUGCCCAAUGCACCAUGGGGCUGGAUUGUUCACAGUCCCCAC